AUGUUGCAACCAGAGAGGAGCACCCAGGGUUCUGGCUAUAAACACAGGCAAAAUUCUUUUACAUAUGAUGUCAAGCGAGAUAUAUACAAUGAGGAGAUCUUUCAACAGGAACACAGAAGGAAGAGUAUUUCCUCUGGGAACUUGGACAUCGACAUCACCACCUUCAGACACCACGUCCAGUGCCGCUGCUCAUGGCACAAGUUCCUAAGAUGCAUACUAACGAUUUUUCCUUUCCUGGAGUGGAUGUGUUUGUAUCGGUUCAAGGAUUGGCUUCUUGGAGACUUACUUGCUGGUCUAACUGUUGGCCUUGUGCAAAUUCCCCAAGCCCUGACGUUUAGUUUGCUGGCAAGGCAACUGAUUCCUCCUCUCAAUGUCUGUUAUGCAGCUUUCUGUUCUUCAGUAAUUUAUGUCAUUUUUGGAUCAUGUCAUCAAAUGUCCAUUGGUUCCUUCUUCCUUAUGAGUGCUCUGAUGAUCAAUGUCCUGAGGUUGUACCCAUUCAACAAUGGCCACCUGAUUCUGGGAACUUUCAUCAGGGAUGACUUUUCUAAGCCCUCUUUCCUUGCGGACUAUAACAGAUCCUUGAGUGUGGUGGCAUCCACAACUUUUCUGACUGGGAUUAUUCAGCUAUCAAUGGGCUUGUUAGGUUUUGGCUUCGUGGCCACGUACCUUCCGGAGGCUGCAAUCAGCGCUUACCUGGCUGCCGCGGCUUUACACAUUAUUCUGUCCCAACUGACUUGCAUCUUCGGGAUUAUGAUUAGUUUCCACGCUGGUCCCAUCUCCUUCUUCUAUAACAUAGUUAACUACUGUGUAACCCUCCCAAAAGCUAAUUCUACCAGCAUCCUACUAUUUCUAACUGCUGUUGUUGUGCUGAGAAUCAACAAAUGUAUCAGAAUUUCUUUCAAUCGGUACCCAAUCGAGUUUCCCAUGGAAAUUUUUCUGAUUCUUGGCUUCACUGCAUUUGCAAACAAGAUAAGCAUGGCCACAGAAACCAGCAGGAUGCUCAUUGAUAUGAUUCCUUAUAGCUUCCUGUUUCCUGUGAUGCCAGAUUUGAACAUUCUUCCUGAACUUAUUUUAGAAGCCUUCUCCUUAGCUUUAGUGAGCUCCUCUCUGCUCAUAUUUCUGGGCAAGAAGAUUGCCAAUUACCAUAACUACCAUGUGAAUUCCAACCAGGAUUUAAUAGCCAUCGGCCUUUGCAAUGUCAUCAGCUCAUUUUUCAGAUCUUGUGUGUUUACUGGUGCUAUUAUCAGGACUAUUAUCCAAGAUAAGUCUGGAGGAAGACAACAGUUUGCAUCUCUGGUAGGCGCAGGUGUGAUGCUGCUCCUGAUGGUGAAGGUGGGACGCUUUUUCCACGAAAUGCCAAAUGCUGUGCUGGCUGGUAUUAUCCUGAGCAACAUCCUACCCUACUUUGAAACCAUUUACAACCUACCCAGUUUGUGGAGGCAGAAUCAAUAUGACUGUGUUAUUUGGUUGGUGACGUUCAUAUCUGCCAUUUUCCUGGGACUGGAUGUUGGACUACUUGUUUCAGUAGCUUUUGCCUUCUUCAUCAUCACUGUUCGGUCACACAGAACUAAGAUUCUCCUGCUGGGUCAGAUCCCUAACACCAACAUUUAUAGAAGCUUCAGUGACUAUCGGGAGGUUACAAACCUUCCUGGGGUGAAAAUCUUCCAGUGCUGCAACUCUAUCACAUUUGUCAAUGUUAAUCACCUAAAGCACAAGCUGUUGAAAGAGGUUGAAAUGGUAAGGGUGCCUCUUAAAGAAGAAGAAGUGUUCCGUCUGUUUAAUCAAAGUGAAGAAGGCUCACGGGAAGAGAAGAUAUGUCAGUGUUUCUGCAACUGUGAUGAAGUAGAGCUGUCGCCCAGGGUUGUCUAUACAGAACGAUUUGAAAGUAAACAGGACCAAGACUCCUCCUCCAUUAACCUGAUCCGCUGCUCACGUUUCGAGAGCAUGAACAUGAGUCAGUCCACAUCCAAUGAACAAGUACCAUACACCAUAUCUUCCAUGUCUCACAGAAACCCUGGGCCAAACUAUAAGGCUGUGGACAAAGCUUGGCUUUCUAAUAACCCCUCUAGAAACAGCUCGAUGCCACUGCCUGGCAUUGCUGAAAACCAGGGGAGGGACAGAUCAUUCCUCCCCUUCUCAGAUAUCUCUCUUCUACCCAGCAUCCACACCAUUAUCCUGGAUUUCUCCAUGGUCCAUUUUGUGGAUCCACAGGCUUCAGUGGUGUUAAGACAGAUGUGCAAUGCUUUCCAAAAUGCGAACAUUUUGGUACUCAUUUCAGGGUGUCACUCUUCUGUGGUCAGGGCCUUUGAGAGGAAUGAUUUCUUUGACGCUGGCAUCACCAAGGCCCAGCUGUUCCUCACCCUCCAUGACGCUGUGCUGUUUGCCUUGUCGAGGAAGUUUCCAGAGUCAUCCGAGUUAAGCAUGGACGAAUCUGAGACAGUGAUACAGGAAACCUACUCAGAAACAGACAAGAAUGGAGAGUCAGGACAUAAAAUGAACCGCAGUCUUCUAGAUGUCUCCAAAAACAUAAAUCCAGACUACACCAUGGUUCAGGAACCAAUAACAGGGGAGGAGUUGGAGCUAGACCUGGAGCUGGAGCCCACACUGGAGUCAGAACAAGAAGCUGGGCUGGAUCUAGAGCUAGACCUGGAUCAUGAGAUGGAGCCUGAGUCAGAGUUAGAGCCUGAAUCUGAGCUAGAGCCUGAACUAGAGCUAGAGCCUGAAUUGGAGCUCAAGCCUGAGUCUGAGUCCAAACCCAGACCAAGGGCUCAUACUUACCCUCGGCAGCAGUACUGGCCUCUGUAUCAGUCCAUGCCUCCCAGCUCCCCAAGUCAGGAUCGGCCUAGGACACAGUCAUUGGAGAGGAGGCGUCAACAUAAGAAUUCAUAUUCACCCAAGGGCAAUAAAACUGUGGAUCCUUAG